AUGGACGAGCUGGGCAUCGAGGACUACAGCUUCUCCGACAUUUUGCUUUUCCGCGAAGUAUGUCUGGUCGUAUCACGACGAAGUGCAAAUCUUAUUGCUGCAGCGAUUGCUUGUGUGCUCAACCGUAUACGUCGACCAAAAAUGACCGUUGCAAUCGAUGGCAGCACUUACAAAUAUCACCCGUUUUUUGAGCACUGGGUCGUCGAAAAAGUGAAAGAGCUGCUCGACCCUGGAUUGAAGUUCAAAGUCGUGCAGACCAGUGAUGGAAGUGGUAAAGGUGCCGCACUCAUAGCCGCCAUUGUUACUCGAAUGAAGCGAAAGGAAGAAGAAACAAGACGAAAACAAGGAGCGCCGCAGGUCAAUGAAUCAAUCGAGACAGAGAAAAAGCUGCACGACGAAAAGCGUUGUCACCUCGAAACAUAUGAACACGACUACAGGCCAAAAGGCCCACAGAAGCCGUCCCAUAUGGUGGUCGAACUGUCUUAUAAUGUAGAUGACGGAGUAGUGUAG